AUUGAUAUUAUGUAAUCAUCUGCAUUUUAUUAUAUGCAGAGCCCUAAAAUGAAGCAGGAGGAUGUUGAGGAGGAGAGGAUGAGGAAUAAGUGGCCGUGGAUGAAGGCGGCGCAGUUAAUGGAGUUUCGGAUGCAAACUUUGGUGUAUAGAUACAUAGAGGCUGGUCUUCGUGUGCCUCAUCAUCUUGUGGUGCCUAUUUGGAACAGUCUUGCUCUCUCGUCUUCCUCAAAUUACAACUAUCACUCUUCUUCUCUGUUGAGUAACAAGGGAGUAAACCAUAUCGACACGGUGGAACCUGAACCCACAAGGUGCAGGAGAACAGAUGGGAAGAAAUGGCGGUGUAGCAACACGGUCCUUCUAUAUGAAAAGUACUGUGAACGGCACAUGCAUAGAGGCCGUAAACGUUCAAGAAAGCUUGUGGAAUCUUCUUAUGAGGUUGCUUCGUCGUCAACCAAACACGACAACACUUAUGGUUUGGACAGGAAUAACGAGAGUCAGAGUGUUCUUCAUGGGACAAUCUCGGGUUCUAGUAAUGCGCAGGUAGUUACCAUUGCUUCAUUGCCUAGUGCCAGAGCUUGUGAUGAUGUCACUCGUCCAUGUUUAGUGAUCUCUGAAUCCACAAACAAAAGUGUGAGUCACGGCGACAGGAGCAGAAGGAACAUGGAGAUGAGUUGUGAUGACUUUAUCAGUAAAAAAGAGUCAAGUAUGUGUGUAAGAGUUGUUCCUCUUCAAGGUGAUGAGAGCUUACCUUCAGUUCAAAAGUUCUUCCCCGAGGUAUCUGCUAAUUCCUUAGAAGCUGCAAAAUUCUCAAGCAACAGGAAGAAUGAUAUAAUUGCAAGAAGCAGAGAAUGGAAGAAUAUGAAUGUUGUUAAUGGUGGCUUGUUUCCUAGUAUCCACUUUUCUCCAGAUACUGUUCUUCAAGAACGUGGUGGGUUUCGUUUACAAAGAGUUGAUACAGACAAUGAACCAGGAAGGUGCCGAAGAACAGAUGGGAAGAAGUGGAGAUGCAGCAAAGAUGCUUUGUCUGGUCAGAAGUACUGCGAUAAGCACAUGCAUAGAGGUAUCAAGAAGAAGCAUCCAGUGGAUACUACUAACUCACAUGAGCAUAGCAGUUUUAGUCCGUUAACUGUGAAAACAGCUGCUAGAUCUGUGUCUUGCAAAGAUGGAGAUGAUCAGAAGCUUUCUGUUUCAAUCAUGGGAAUUCCACUGCCCCGAGUUUCUGAUGAGAAGAGCACUUGUAGUUACAGUACCGACACUACCAUUACUGACACAGCUUUAAGGGGUGAAGAAGACGAUGAGGAGUACUUGUCUUUGUUUUCAUCAGGUGUUUAGAAACAUAGAAAUGUUGUUGAGGUUCAAAUGUUUUGAU